CCCGCUUUUUUCUCUCCGCGUUUCUCUCACUUUCUCUCCACAUUUUCUUUCCUUCCAAUCAAAUCACAGCGAAAAGCUGUUUCUCUCUCUAAAACACUUUUCUCUCUCCAGAACUGCACUUUCUCUCUCUAGUUCUGAGUUCUCUUCGGUUUUUACAGCUCGAUCUGCUCGAGUAUUCUCAAUGUCUGCACUGAAGAUCUUGGAAAUGUUGAAACAUAGAUUAAGAUGAGUGAGACUGAAGUUUCGAGGAUGAAGUCUUCUCUGGUUCCGCUGGCAACCUUGAUUGGUCGCGAGCUUAGGAACGAGAAGGUCGAGAAACCUUAUAUUAAGUAUGGACAGGCUGCUUUGGCAAAGAAAGGGGAGGAUUAUUUUCUGAUCAAAACCGAUUGCCAGAGGGUUCCUGGGAAUCCGUCGACUUCGUUUUCAGUCUUUGCGAUUUUUGAUGGGCAUAAUGGUAUAUCUGCUGCUAUCUUUGCAAAGGAGAAUUUAUUGAAUAAUGUUUUGAGUGCAAUUCCUCAAGGCAUUGGUCGGGAAGGUUGGCUUCAAGCCCUUCCUCGGGCUCUGGUUGCCGGAUUUGUGAAAACUGAUAUAGAAUUUCAGCAGAAAGGUGAAACUUCUGGCACGACAGUGACAUUUGUUGUGAUUGACGGGUGGACGGUGACUGUUGCAUCUGUAGGGGAUUCUCGAUGCAUAUUGGACACACAGGGUGGUGUGGUUUCUUUGUUAACAGUUGAUCACAGGCUGGAAGAGAAUGCAGAAGAAAGGGAACGUGUCACUGCAAGUGGGGGUGAAGUUGGAAGGCUGAAUGUUUUUGGGGGCAAUGAGGUUGGCCCACUCCGCUGCUGGCCUGGUGGAUUAUGUCUCUCCAGGUCAAUUGGUGACACAGAUGUGGGAGAAUUCAUUGUCCCAAUACCACAUGUUAAGCAAGUGAAGCUUUCAAAUGCUGGGGGACGGCUUAUUAUUGCUUCUGAUGGAAUCUGGGAUGCUUUAUCAUCUGACAUGGCUGCUAAGUCUUGUCGGGGUUUGCCUGCAGAGCUUGCUGCAAAGCUGGUUGUUAAGGAAGCUUUAAGGUCAAGGGGCUUGAAGGAUGAUACAACAUGCCUAGUUGUUGAUAUGAUUCCAUCAGAUAAUCCUGUCUUACCUCCAACACCAAAGAAGAAACAAAACAUGCUCAGUUCAUUUAUCUUUGGGAAGAGAUCUCAGAAUUUUAUGAACAAAUCAACAAAUAAGCUUUCUGCAGUCGGGGUUGUGGAGGAGUUGUUUGAAGAGGGUUCUGCAAUGCUUGCGGAAAGGUUGGGUAAAGAUAUUCCUUCAAACACCAACUCUGGGCUUUUCAGAUGUGCAGUCUGCCAAGUGGAUCAAGAUCAGUCACCAAGCGAUGGUUUAUCAGUGAACUCUGGACCGUUCUUCUCACCUGCAUCCAAGCCAUGGGAAGGUCCCUUCCUCUGUGCAAACUGUCGGAAAAAGAAAGACGCCAUGGAAGGAAAAAGGCCAAGCAGACCUACAAUCACCGCAUAACAGUUCAUCUGGUAACAUAGUAAAUAUGGGGUAUAUUUUUUUUUCUCUGGCAGUGUAAGCAUGCUUGGUUUUCCUUUCCAAAGGGUGAUUAUUAAAGAUGUGUGUAAGAAAUGAGGUAGAGUUACAAGGAAUUAGUAGGUGUUUUGGAUAUUAUUAAAAGGGUUUGUGUUUAUUCUAGUUUGUGCUCAGCUGGACUAACUGACAAAGAACAAGCAUGCCAUCUGGUAGACGUAUUUGUGAUAGUUUGAUUGCUAACAGCUUGAAUUUGUAAGUAAAAAACGAAGAUUGCAUAGUAAUAUCUUCUGUUGGGGGGGCA